AUGGCAAACCGUCUCGCACAAGUGUCUGGUCACCUCAGUAAUGCACAUGGACGCGGGCUUCUCUCCGGGGAGGUAGCUAUCAUCACUGGUGAGUUUGUGUUGUAUCACAUGAUACUUGGUAUCGGGCGCAGCGCAGCGCUGCUGUUUGCAAAGGAAGGUGCCAAGGUCGUAGUCAGCGAUAUUGACGCCAAGAAGGCCGCGGAUGUGGUGAACGAGAUCAAGGCUGCAGGUGGCGAUGCAAUAUACGUCGCAGGAGAUGUUGGAGCAGACGACUUCCCGCAAACAAUCGUGGACGCAACCGUUAAGCAGUAUGGCAAGAUUAAUCACAUCGUCAACAAUGCUGGUUUCACACACGACAAGAUGAUUCACACCAUGCCAGACGAGACAUACGACCUCAUCAUGAAAAUCCACGUCCGUGCACCCUUCCGACUCAUUCGUGCUGCUGCACCUUACUUCCGAGUCAAGAGCGCUACACCGGAAAACCGUUCUAUCAUUAACGUCUCUUCGACGUCCGGUCUGCAUGGAAAUGUUGGCCAAGCAAAUUACGCUGCUGCAAAGUCUGCGGUUGUAGGUCUCACCAAGACUAUUGCAAAGGAAUGGGGACCAUUCGCUGUUCGUGCGAACACUAUUGCAUACGGCCUCGUGCACACCCGGUUGACUGCGGCAAAAGAGGACGGUGCAACCAUCGAGAUUGAUGGUCAGAAGGUCGCACUUGGCAUUCCCGGAGCAAGGCAGCGUGCUGCUGCUCAGAACGUUCAAGCUUUUGUGGAUAUUCCUCUGCAGAGAGGUGCCACUGCUGAUGAGGCGGCUGCAGGCAUGCUUUUCCUUGCUUCACCGCUUGCGUCGUAUGUGACUGGCCAUACGCUGGAGGUAACAGGUGGACGAGGAAUCUAA